AAAGUAUAUCUAUCCUGAGCGAAAAAAAAAUAGAUACAUUUCAAGUCUCGUGUGAGCAGACGUGAUAUUGCAAAUGUCAACAGUUUGACCAGGAUACACGUGGUAGUGAUAGAAGGCAACUGGAUGCUCUCGAUCCCUCUAUCUCUUAGAAAUUAAUUACCUGCCAAAUGAGACUUCAGGACCAAUUUUGAGACAAUGAAAGAACUUCCACUUGGUUAUACAGUUUGCUACAAAUAACCACCAAAUUUCCCUUAAAUCACACCCUAGUAUCUUCAAAAAAAGAUAUAUUGCAUAAUGUGGUCCUAGAUAUCCCUAAAACGAGGGUUUCACUUCAUCUUUAAUUCUUAACAAUGGGGAAUUUUUUCACGAAAGCACCAAUUGCGAGUAGCCCGGAGUUUGCUAAGUUUGUUGAAAAAACUAUUCAUGAAAACUGUGUUGUGGUUUUCUCCAAGACCUACUGCCCCCAUUGUAACACUGUGAAAACAAUAUUUGAUAAUCUUAGAGUAAAUUACAAAACUAUUGAAUUGAACAGACGAGAAGAUGGUGAGCAAAUCAUGUCUGUACUGCAAGAAAUUUCCCAAAAGAGAACGGUUCCUCGUGUAUUUGUGAAUGGUGACUGUAUUGGUGGCUGUGAUGAUACAAAAGCUCUCUAUAAAUCAGGAAAACUUCAAGAGAAGAUAAAUGAAUGUUCUGAAAUGAAAGAAACAUCCUAAUAUUGUUAUUGUUGUCUUUGUUCCCACUCCAUCUCAUCAUGCACUUGGAUUUCUGCUGGUUAGCCAUUUUUCCUACUGGAAUUUUCUCCUUGUGGAGCUACUGUAAAAAAAAUUGUAUUAGAAUUUAAGACUAAUUUAUCAUGAAAUGAGAAAAAUGAAUUGAAAAUAAUAUCUAACUGGUUAAAAAAUUGGGACAUAAAAAGACACAAUUUACAUGUCUGUUAAAAAACUGAUAAAUUAUUUAUUUUGCACAUAAUCAAAUAAAUUUUUCAAAAAUCAA